AUAUUUGGCAUCAGCAAAAUCAUGUACAAAACUAACGUGCAAACUUCGUCAUUCAUUUUUGUACACAAAAUCGACUGCUUGAUUUCAUUUUCGGGCAUGUUGUACUUGUGGGUCUGAGGACUUAAAUCCCCCAUUUUCGGCCAAUAAAGUAUCAAGAUGAUGAAGAAGAAACGUAAUAUUCGGCAGAGGGGUAGGACAAGUGACAGUGAUGAGGAAAGAGCUGAACCAGUGAGCACAAAAGGAAAUCAAAUUCCGUUUUUGGAGACGGAUUACCACACACAAAUCAAACAACUUGAAAAAGAAAAGUCCAACAAAAAGAAGGAAAAGUCCGAGAAGAAAAAGCAAGGAUCCAGUUUGCUGACAUUUGCUUAUGAUGAAGACGACGGUGAAGGUGGUGAAGUUUUCAAAAUCAAGAAAUCGAGUCACAGUCGGAAACAGGCCAGGAAAGUAAGAGAAAGGCAGAAACAAUUGAGAGACGAAGGAGAGAGCGCUACAGGAAGUCCCGAUAUAGGAGCUCAGAAAAAUGGAGGAGGACUGGUCAGCAAUGCAAGCAUCAAACAAGAGAAGGACGACAUCCCUAGACUCAUCAAGACCGAGGUAAAAGAAGAGAAGAAGGAGGUAGUAUUGAAUGGGAUGGAUGCAGAAGCAGCAGCGUUAGCUCAAGAAGACCUGGAGGAGAUGGGCAAGAAGACACAGUUUACCGGUUUCAUGCCAGGUGUCAUACCAAAUGCCAACUUGAUCCACGCAGCCCGGAAACGGAGACAGAUGGCUCGUGAGAGAGGGGACUUCAUUCCUGUGGAUGACACCCAGCGCUUCCAGUCAGAGACUUCCCGUCUGGUCCGUGAUGAUGAUAAUGAUCAGAGUGGUAGUGAUAGUGAUGAAGGAAGGAUGGGGUUCACUGUCAAACAGCAGACCAGCCGUCAAAGAGUCCAGGAAGCGCUGAAUGCAGGAGGACUAAGUCCAGAGGUGAAGAGCGAGGAGCAUGAAGGUCACAACGAGGAGCUAGAGAGAUGGGAACAGGAGCAGAUCAAAAAGGGUACCAGCGUACCUCAGGUGAUGAUACCACAGUACCAAAUGUAUGCCCAACUAAUGGCCCAGCCGAGUGGUCCCAGUGCAGACACAUCGACCCCUGACCCAACCAGCUACUACCCCCAGCAGCAGUAUGCCUACUACCCUGCAGAGAGCACAGCGUACCCUGCAGUGGACCAGAGCUUGAUGCUUGGAUCGGCCUACUCCACUGGGGUGGAGUCACCUCAGGAACAGCCCAAGGCAGGGGUCCCUGAUGCGUUAUCUUUGCCUACCAAGCUACCAGAGAUUAAUGUAGAGGGAGUGUUGAAACGGCUGAAGCAGAGACUUGAAUCCAUCCAGGAGAUACAUAAUGCCCAUUUACGUGAGCAGGACAGUGUCUCUGAGAGGCUGCAGGACGCGGCCCUGAGCUCUACCAAUCUUAGGGACACCCAGGGGGAUGUAUCCGGACAGUACAACUUCUUCCAAGAGAUGAGGGGGUAUGUCAGAGACCUUGUAGAAUGUCUGGAUGAAAAGGUUCCUCUCAUCAACGGUCUUGAGACGGCCAUUUUGAACCUGUUCAAGAACCGAGCCAAUCAGCUGCUACAGAGACGUCAGCUGGACAUCAAGGACCAAUCAGCGGAGUUCACCGGGAUGUCCCACAAGGCAGCGGCAGGGGCUAACAUGAAUCGCAGUGAGAAGAAAGCUGCAAGGGAAGACGAGGAGGCGAGGCAGAGAAGGAGCGCUGAGAGGGAAGCAAGGAGAGCGAGAAGAAGAAGAGCUAGGAAGAUGGAGAACCAAUUCAAAGAACACAACCAUGGUACCUCUAGUGAUGAUGAAGUCACUGACAGCAUGCUGGCUAAAUUCAAGACAGAAAAGGAACGCAUUGUGACAGAGCAGAGCAGAGUCUUUGAGGAUGUGGAGGAUGAAUUCUGUUCGUUACCAGCCAUCAUCAAGCGAUUCCAACGCUGGAAGUUUUCCCAGGGUGAUUCUUACUCUGAUGCCUACAUUGGUCUGUGUUUACCCAAGCUGUGUGAGCCCUUCGUCCGUCUUGAACUUCUUUGCUGGAACCCUCUUGAGGCCAACUGUAAGGACAUGGAGUCCUACCCAUGGUAUGAUACAUUAAUGUUCUAUGGCUUCAGGAAUGAAGAUGACUAUGACAGAGAGGACGAUGAUAUCAAGCUUAUCCCUCGCAUCAUCGAGAAGAUUGUAUUACCAAAACUCUCAGAUCUUUUAGAAAAUGUCUGGGAUCCUACAUCUACGUUACAAACCCAUCGUUUGAUAGACACCAUACAUCAGCUAGCUCAGGAUUACCCUACGGUCUCCGCAGAUAACAAGAACACACAGCUCCUCCUCAAAUCAGUUGUAAUGAGGAUAAGAAGAACUCUAGAUGAUGAUGUUUACAUGCCUCUCUUCCCUGCAGAUAUGUUAGAAAACAAAGCUUCCGGUGCUAAUUCCUUUAUGCAGAGACAGUUCUGGUCAUGUUUGAAGUUGCUAGGAAACCUGUUGUCAUGGCAUGGCCUUGUUGCCAAGGAGCAGCUUUUAGAGCUAGCUAUAGAUGGUCUGCUGAAUAGAUACCUCCUUCUCUCACUCAAUAACUCUGAUAUAGAUGAAUCAAGCAUCGCCAAAUGUGAUAGGAUUGUAUCAAGCCUCCCCGUGCCAUGGUUUGAGGAGCUUGAAGGAGACAGCACACUUAGGCAAUUAGAACCACUGUGUAAAUAUCUUAAGUAUGCUGCUGGACACAUACAAAGCCAGGCAAAAGCAGAUAAUACUGAUAAAAAGAAUAGCAGAUUCUUGGUGAAGUUAAUCAUCAAGCAGCUUGUCAACAUGAGAGCCAUGGACCAUGCUCUCAAACUCACCGAUGACAUCAGUCUGAAAGACAUCAAACAGAUAGUGACCAGCUGACCAUCUAAUGGACAAUCCGCUGAAACACACGUAGACUUGAAACAUGCCAUAGACGGUUUCUCUGACAUGAAGAUCUCAAAUUGAAGAUGGCUGCUUGAUCAGUAGAUACGAUGCAGAUGCUGUAUAGAUCAUCAGACAGGUCAAGAAGCUCAGGAACCAUCAAGGAUUGUUUUGAAGCAGAAUCAGAUGUUGCUCAGAUGUGAGAUACUAAACAAAUUGUAUGAAGAUCCGCAACUGGUCAUGAAGAUAUGCUUGACAUCAUGACAGAUAUGACCACCUUCUAAGUUGCUGGCUGGCUGUAUUGCUUCAACAAGAGAAAUCACGAUGCCAAGUUUUCAUUCUUCAGCCUAAUUUUGAUUGGCUGAUUGUUGCAGAACCUCAAAUGUUUAAGAAAAUCGACCAUUCUACCUGUAGCGAUACUGUUCAGAAAUGAGGACUGUAAUUCUUAGGCAUUAUUAACAGUAUUCCAUAGAUUUAUUAUACUCUUGAUCAUCAUCUUUGUCAAUUUGGGUCAAAUAGAUAAGCUUACACAGGAAGGUUGUUGGACAAACUGGUGGUAGAUAAAAAGAGACUUGUCCUCUUGGGCAUGAGAUCAUGGGGAAUUAAUCAUACUACAAACUCUGGGUUCUGUUUCCAGUAAACUUAUGAUUAUUAUAACUUUGCCCAGCCUCAAGGGAGUUCUUGAUCUGCAAGUGCUACUAACUUGUACAAGAGAAGAUAACAUCUUGGACAACUUGAUGAGCAUUGUUUCUUUGGUAAUUACCAUAAUUUUAAUUUAUCUAUGAAAUGAGUAACACCACAAUUAAAUAAACUACAGUAUCUCAUAAAGGUUAUUGAUUUUGUACACAUUUUUUUUUUUUGGGGGGGGGGUGGUAGGGGACCAAACAAAUUGGAAAUUGCCCCUUAUUCAAUGUCUAAUCAGUAAAAUAACUGAUCUAUGCAAUUAGCUUGCAGAAACUAUUUUAUUUUAUCAAUGAUUAAAUUUGUGAAUGUAAUUUAUUUCAACAAUCCAAUCAGUAUUAUUUGAUAAAAUAAUAUCCAGUAAUCAUCAUUAUGAUGAAGUAAGUCUCAAAGUUGUUUCAUAUACAUCUGUUUCUGUUUAUAUUGUAUACUUUUGUAAUCUUUGAAGGUUACCAUGGAAGAUAAGAUAAGCAGGGCUCGCACUUUGAACCAUAUAUGUGUAAUCUUCCAAUAUAUUUAUACUAGACAUUUCAGGAUUAGAGUGAAGUGGCAGUUUAUGAUUACAUACCCAUGGGAAGGAUUCAAUUGCACCAGUCAGGUUGGACCUUUUUUCAACCUGAGUCCCAUUUCAUAAAGACUUGUUAUAAUGACAAAUGCACAAUUUCUAUAACAAGUUUACUAUCAGCCAAUAAGAUUGAAGGAUUUCGAUAGCUUUUAACUGUAACUUUGAAUUUGCUAUUAUAACAAGUUUUAUGAAACGGAACCCAGGUUUCUGUUUCAUAAAUCUUUGACUAAGUUAUAUGACAAUUUUGCUCUCGGCCAAUUUUACAACACAUUCUCAUAAGCUUGUAAGUUUCCAUUUGCAACCACUUUUAUGAAACAUGGUCCUAUGGGCCGUUUCAUAAAGAUCAUAAUUUACACGGGAGUUUGCACUUGUAUGUUUACCAUGGGCUUUUCACAUUUUCCCAUGAUGAAGAAAACUUUUAGUUAUUAUUCCCAGUUACGAAUGAAUUGAGCAUUGGAAUUCUACUGUAAAAGAUAUAUGUUACGAUUUGCUUUCAAUAGUUAAACCAGAACAAUGGUUGGCAAUGCAACCAAGAUGUGUGAUGUCACAUAUGUACAGCUGCCUUAUUACUCUUUCAUUACUUUCAUCAAGUCUAUGUAAACAUUGUUUCACAAUUCACCAGGGAUAUCAAUUUACAUGGAUGUUGAAGCUGUGAGUUUGUACUACAGUAUCAGUUGAAUGAGCAAAAAUAUACAUUUUGGGAUUUAAUAUCAGUAUACAGAGGGGAGAGUUCAUUUGUGACAUCACAAAUUUAGGUCACAUUUCUAGAAAUGGGGAGAUCUCUAACAUUUAAAUGCUUACACUGUAAUUGAUGUUAUUCCUUGAUUGUUCUCUUUUCACACAAGCUUACUUGUUCCAAGUUUUUAAGUUUUCUUUGAAUGUCAUCAAUAGCAUUUAACACAAAACUGAUUUUACUGUCGUGUUGGGAUUGGUAAUUAUAAUGUAGAAGGGAAGCGUAAUGAAGAAACUUUGGAGAAAGUUAUACAGUUCAAAAUCACAGGGUAUCUAAUCGUCAAGCAGCUACAGUUUACAAUUCGAAGUACAUGAAAAUAUCAAGGAAGAUUUAGAUAAAACAGGAGUAUAAUGAAUAUAAUCAUUUCGAAGUAUGAGAUUAAAAUUUUCUGAAGUUAGAAUAAUAUUGGAUGGACGUCUAAGUCUUGAAGUCAGUCGGUCUAUAUGGAUGAGUGUGGGUCUAGUAUUCUAUAUCUCUAAUAAUCAAGAAGUCUUAUUUAUAUCAUUAGUUUUGGGGGUGUAACAAUUUAAGGUGGGAGUGAUCUAAACUUGAUCUGAUUGGUCUACAGGUAACUGUCUAUCAAACUUUCUCUGGUAUAAGGGGUGUGGUGAUGCUCUGUGCAAGUGACUGGGGCUGGAAGUGUGAUUCAUACUUAGAACUUUUGUUCCUUGAAGUUAGCUGACGUCACUGAGGCUUGGUAUUUUUAUGGUCAAGGUUUAGGAGUUAAAUGGUAUUGGGGGUUUUGGGGAUUCUUAGAUGACAUUGGGGGAGUUUGUAAACAAGUGAAGGUGAAUGACUGAAAGGAUAACAGGAAGUUAAAUAUAUACUACAUAACAUUACUGAGAUUGUCAUUCAGUUUGUGAUCUUUAUUUCAUAUAAAUCCCUUGGGGUUGACGUUAGCGAAUUAGAAAAUAAAGUUAUAUGAGACAUGGCAUUAUGAUUGGCAGACAUUUAUAGUAAUCACCAAACUUUGAAGUGUGACCACCCAAUUUGAUGUUAUCAUGUAUUCAGCUAUUGUGUCUUAUGAUUUGCAAUUUGCCUGUAUUGAAAAAGCCUUAAGUGAGAAAUAACAUCAACAUUUACAAGUAAACUUGAACAUGACAGCAGUCCCUCCACAACAUUGAAUUUUAUCUCGUAACCAAAACUUAAACAGCUUAUAUACAGCAACUCCUACUUAUGUGUUGAAUUAUUUUAUUUUCCUCAGACUAUUAUUUGCACAAUGGUUGCUAUACGAGACAAUAUUUUUCUUUUCCUAUGUCGGCAAUUUGCAUUUGGACAAUUUAUUACAGGUGAAUGAAAUCAUUCAUAGUAUUUCUUUGGAUUUCCCGGAUUUAUAUUAUACAUUGGACUUAAAUUGAAAAUUUUAUUUUUAUAAAUUCCUUGUGUUGAAUGGUCGCGAUGCUGUGUAUUCUGAGUAUCAAAAUAUUAGGUACCCAUGAAAAGUCUUGAUAAAAAGUCCUAAUGACGGAACACACAGUGAGUAUACUGAUGUAGUGUGUAGUCUAUCACAGAUUUUCCAUCGGUACCGAAAUUGGGGUAUGUGUCCACUUGGUCUAAUUCUCAUGAUCAAACUAAUUGAUCUACUUUCAAUUUGGUCUAAUUUUCAUUCAUUUUCUUUCCCAGAUGGUCUUAUUUCCACUCCCAUCUACUUAUUAUUUUUGUACUUUGUCAAUGAAAAUAAAUAGUUUAUCUAGUCAUAUGGACUUUAGUGGUCUAAAUCCAGUGGAUAUUAGACCGAAUGGGGAUAACCUAACUGGAAAUUUGACUAACUUUCAAUUUGACAAAAUUGUUAAUAGACCAAAUGGUAGUACACAAACUAGGAUUAGACCAAGUGGCGAUUACCAAAAUCAUAGACAGAAUGAAAUCCAGGACAUAUGCAAAUAGUUUGUAAUAAAAUGGUGAGAUCAGUGUUUAUUAAAUGUCCAUACAUAGCACAUAACUGUUAACAUGAAUAUGUACAUACUGUUUUUGUCCAUAUUGACGACAAUAAAAUCAUGAAUAUUAUUGUUUAAUACAA